UUUCUUAUCGGGAAGUGGAAAGAGCUUUCUGAAGAGGAACGAAAUGAAUUUAACAGAAGAGCCCUGUCUGAAGAUGUGAUAACAAAAAAGGAACAGAUAAAAAGAACUUUAAAAAAAGUGAAACGGGAGGUAAAAUUUUGACUAAUUGAAUAAAUAAUUAUAGAAUUGAACUUUUCCAACGUAAUGCUAAGUAACUUAGACGAUCUAUGCAAAGGUGGUAAAUGCCCCUUUUGCAUAUAUACCUAGGUACAUUCAAUUAUCACUUUUUACUGACUUACACUCCGUCCUUUCUCCCCGCACAUCCUAUGUAAACAGACCUGAUUCUGAGGUUUUGUCAAUAUGAAACUUGACAUACUUAGUUGUUAAACCUUGUUCUUAGUAGAAAUUCUUCGUCUUCUUCUUCUUCUUCUUCUUCUUCUUCUUCUUCUUCUUCUUAUUAUUAUUAUUAUUAUUAUUAUUAUUAUUAUUAUCAUCAUCCACGUUAAACACAGCUUUUGGAUGGCUUGAUAGAUGAUUUUUAAUAUUAUUAUAAAUAAUAAUACUAAUAAUAUUAAUAAUAACAUGUUUAAACAGGAUGACCAUUUCAGUUAUAAAAACUGCUAUCAAUAUCGGUCCUGUAUAAAAUAAAUGAAUAAAGAGAUAAAAACGUAAUUAUAUACGAAACUGGAAUACAUUACAUACUUAUAAUCAGUAAAAAAAGGCAGCCUCGGUAUGAACAAGAGUGCAUACAAUCGUUAAAAAAUGGUAGCCCCCUUAUAAAAAAAAGACCCUAUUAUUAUCAAUUAAUUAAGUAAUAUUUUGUUAUCAUCGCGGCUAAUCUCUCGAAAUGUUCUUACAUUUCGAUAUCUCUCUUUUGUUCGUCAGUGUGACAAUCUCAAGGAUUUAGGGGUAAAGUGCCUUUUUAUGUGCGACAUGGGAAAAGGCGACGUAGAUGUUUUUGGUCACCCGAGAGCGAUUCAGUUCGUGGAGAGCAACCGGCUUGCCCCCAAGUUCUACUCGUUUGUAAAUGGAGACGGUAAUUAAGUGUCAGAUAUGAUUUUCAACAAAUUCAGUAAAUCUUUAGUAGCAAUAGAAUUCUUACAAUUUACCAGUGCAGUGGACUUCCUUUAAUUAAUACCUGCAACAUUUUUACCAUUUUCCGUCCACUUUUCCCAGGAACGCCAAGGGAAGAGAGACAGGGUACCUCUACGUCUGAAAGGGAGGAAUUGCGCCAAAAAGUCUCAAAGCUAUUCAACAGUAAAUACAGUAAGUAAUCGUUUGUUGUUGUUGUUUUUUUUGUUAAUUUUAUUUCAAACUUUACACUUCUGGGCCGAGUAGUUCGAAGGCCUAUUAGCGCUUAACCCGGGUUUCUUUUUCUUGUGUUCAAAAGCAUUUUCUGAGAUAAUUCUCUCUGUUAAUGUUACAGCUUUCAAUCAUCAACUUGUAGACUUAAAAGAAUUAAAACUGAAAUGCUUUUUAAGCUUUCAAAUCUGAAUUCAAAUCUCGCACUAACCCUGGGUUAUCUUAACCCAGCUUUGAACAACUCGGCCCUGGUUGACAGUCUUGUAGUUGGUUUAUUCCGUGAAAUUGCCUUUUUGAAGAGCUUACCUUGUUAUAACGUAUUUAGCCCGAUUUAUGAAAUGUAUUAUUUAGUGGAUUGUUUCAAUCUUGCUAUUCAUCCUCUGUUACGUCACCUACAGAAAAAAAAACGAUUAAAAUGUUAUAUCCCCGAGCUAGUAAAACUAUGAAGUUAAAAAAUUCUUUAAUAGUGAUGUACUAACAUACGGGAACUUUUCAAGGGCAAAUUUACGUUUAUUCAGUCCUUUUUUUCGUCGUUCUCUUUAUUGUUGUCUGCCCCAUAAUAUUUGCGUAUGCUUUUGCUUGAAAUAGUCAUGAUCAAACCAGUUUUUUCUUUCGUGGAAAACAAAGAAUCGGUGCUGAUUCAAUUUUUUGUGAUUUUGGUUUUGUAGGCGUAGCCUGCGGUAGAACAGAUUUGAGGGUCCCUUAUAAAGAUAUCAAGGACAAUAAGAUAUCUUUGGAAGUGUUACAUAUGGGUUCAAUUCCUCUUAAACACCCAUCUAGUUAUGGGGUGGGAACAUUAAAAAGAAUAAUAUCGUUCAAAGACGAUAUUAUUUUUAGGCUAAAUAACCCAGCCUCCAUCCCAUCAACUACCAGUUCCACCACCACCACUACUCUUGGCAUGAGUACGUCAUUGUCAGUGCCUCGAGUAGCAGCAACAACCUCCGUGUCUGUUACUACACACAACCAAAGUUCAUCAGCAACGUCGUCGGCCCCUGGAGUAGCAACACACAACCAAAGUUCAUCAGCAACGUCUUCGGCCCGUGAAGUAGCAACAACAACCUCCUCAGUUACUACAGGUAACCAAUCUUUAUCAGCAACGUCGUCGGCCCGUGGAGUAACAACAACAACCUCUUCAGUUACUACACAUAACCAAUCUCCAUCAGUAACGUCGUCCGCCCCUGAAGUAGCAACAACAACCUUAGUUACAACAUCGAACACAAUCACAUCUACAGAAACAAGACCCACCUCCUCUGUCCGUAGAGUAACAAGAUCAACCACCUCUAAUGUAGCCUGUAAUCCAUCCUCCCUCCUCCUCUCGUCUACCGUUCAAGCCAUUGCAUCCUCGUCCACCGCUGCUUUGAGCAGGAGAAAAAGAAAAAGAAGACAACAGAGUGAAGAUGAAGGUGAAGAGGAAUGUGAUAAGUGUGAGGCUUUUAUUUGUCAGGCAAAAGGAAAGGAAGUAAGAACCAGGAGUUGGAUAUUUUGCGAGACGUGCAAGAAAUGGUUUCAUUUUGAUUGUGUCGGAAUAAGAAAAGCUCCUCCUGGUGAUUACAAUUGUGGAUGUAACAAAAGGCAGAUAAACCGAUUGUAA